AACAAUUUGUGGAGUAUCAAGCCUUAGGUUUGAAUCCCUUCUCCAAGAAUUAUUGGAUUUUGCUCAUGAAUUAGCAGAUUCUUUUCAAGAAUCAGUGGACUCCUCUCAAGAAAUAGCAGACCUAUCUCAAGAAUUAUUACAUGAUGAAAUCAAUAAAACCCAUGAAACCUAUAAAGGACAAGAUUUGGCUAUAGUUAAUGGUUCAUUACCUCGCAUUAAAAAACCAAUUGUAUUUGCUGUUGAUGAUACCUUUCCUGACUGGCCAAUUGCAGAGCAUUAUAUUGCUGAAUAUGGCCGUCAAAAAGGAUUUGUAGCAAUAAAGAUACGUAGUAAAACUGAUCAUAAUGGACAUUUAAUAAACCUGUAUUAUAAAUGUGAAUUUGGUAGAACUGUGGUUCGCAUUACUAGUUUUAAUGAUCACUAUGUUGAGCAUCAACUUUCACUGGAUACUGAGUUUUUUGCUCCUGUAAAUCGCCGGUUCUCUGAUGAGUGUAAUGAAGAAAUUCACCAUUUGGUAGUAAAUGGUCGGUGUGAUCUGGCAACGAUACGGUCUCUUAUAUCUGUUAAAUACCCGGACCAGCUUUUUUUAACACGUGAUCUUGCCAAUGUUGUGGCCCAAUUACAGCAAGAACAUAAGGUAGAAGGAAAUAAUGCAUCUCAGCUUUUAAAGCUGCUUUAUGAGUAUAAAGAAAAGGAUCCUGAUUGGUAUAUUGAACCCUUAAUUGAUUCUAUUAGCAAUUGUCUCUGUGGAAUUUUUUGGAUGGACCCGAGUCAACAUGAAAGAUGGAUUCGGUUUUCACAGACUUUAAUGCCUGAUGAAACCAUUGAGUCUUUUCAUUGGGUUAUGGGUCAAUUAAAAAAAGCAACUGGAAUUUUACCAAGAAUUUUAAUGACAGAUGAAGAUCUUUCCAUGAAAUAUGUUUCGUGGGAUUUUGAUAAUUCAUUAAAUUUACAAGUUACAUAUAAUAACGAUUUUGUUGAAAACAUUUACGAUAUUUCGCAAUCAUAUUUAUUAGCUUUAAUUAAAGAAAAUGAAUAUUCUUCUAUUCAAGAAAUUUGGAGGAUUACAUGUUUGAUUUUGACUAGAAAUACAGAAUUAGCACCGAUUACACAUCAAUUAAGUAAUGCGACAAAUGUGAACUUACUUAGAGUCGACAAUGUUCAGGAAAAAAACUUUCAAAAAUCUGUAAACAAAAAGCUUCAGUUUAACAAAUCAAUGAGUCUCGCAAAGCGAGCUAUUACACUACAAGGUGAUGGUGAGAAUGACAAUGAAUUGGAUACUUUUUUGAAAAGUUACAUUGAAAAGAAGAUUCUUCAGUAUGAAAAAGAAACUAAAGAAAGAGAAAUGAGAGUCCUUAGAGAGAAUUAUAAUUUGGGAAAUGCUAUAGCUAUAAAAACUAAAAAUGAUCAACUAAUUUCUAUUGAUGAUGUCGCCAAUCCUCUACAUCAUAUUGGAAAAGGGGCUCCAAAAAAGAAUUGUAUUAAAGGUGCGCAAGAAGA